AUGGUCCUCACAACCCCGGCCCUCAACCUGAAGAAGGAACGAACGUCGUUCACCCAGGAGGAGCUUUCCAAGCUCUGGGUCCUUCACGGCCAGGUGUACGAUUUCACCGACUUUGUCAAGUACCACCCGGCCGGCAGCAGGGCCAUCCUGCUCGGCCGUGGCCGUGAUUGUACCGUGCUCUUCGAGUCCUACCACACAGUCCUGCCUUCCGAUGCUCUUCUCGAGAAGUACCGCGUCUCUGCUCCCAACGUAUGUACUACACUCAGUCUUCCCCUCCCCAAUUCAUCUUUUGCACAAGAUUACUUUCGAAUCUCAGGGGACGUUGGAUUACACAAGCGUUCUCUCCAACUCCUCUCGUUUUGCGUAAUACUCGAGGCCCACACAUCUUACUAUUUUGUUUCCACGUGGCCACGUAUAAUCAAGAAAUUUUGCCCUUGGUCAGCCAAGCUCGAGGAGAGCCGGUCAGCCAAGCUGUUCUCGUUCGAGGAGGGUGGCUUCUACCGAACCCUCAAGCAGCGAACGCGCGAGUACUUCAAGACCAACAACCUGAGCACCAAGGCCACCACGAUGGAGGUCAUCUACUUCGUGGCCACCAUCCUCAGCAUCUACUUCUGCACGUGGGCCGCCUUCGUGCAGGGUUCCCUCAUCGCCGCUGUCCUUCACGGAGUGGGCCGUGCGAUCUGUAUCAUACAACCGACUCAUGCGACUUCGCACUACGCCAUGUUCCGCUCAGUGUGGCUCAACCAGUGGGCCUACAGGAUCUCCAUGGCCGUCAGCGGAUCGUCGCCGGCCCAGUGGACCACCAAGCACAUCAUCAACCAUCACGUCGAGACCAACCUGUGCCCCACCGAUGACGACACCAUGUACCCCAUCAAGCGCAUCCUGCACGAGUUCCCUCGUCUGUUCUUCCACAAGUACCAGCACAUCUACAUCUGGCUGGUGUACCCCUACACCACCAUCUUGUGGCACUUCUCCAACCUGGCCAAGCUCGCCCUCGGCGCCGCUCGCGGUCAGAUGUACGAGGGUAUCGCCAAGGUGAGCCAAGAGACCUCGGGUGACUGGGUGGAGACGGCCAUGACGCUGUUCUUCUUCACGUUCUUCCGUCUGCUGCUGCCCUUCCUGUGCCUGCCCUUCACCACGGCCGCCGCGGUGUUCCUGCUCUCCGAGUGGACCUGCUCGACCUGGUUCGCGCUGCAGUUCGCCGUGAGCCACGAGGUCGACGAGUGCGUCGAGCACGAGAAGUCGGUCCUCGACACCCUCAAGGCCAACGAGGCCAAGGGCAUCGUCAACCAGGGCGGCCUCGUUCGGGCCUCGCACAACUACUCUGCCGACUCCCUGCUGUCGCUCCACUUCAGCGGUGGCCUCAACCUUCAGAUCGAGCACCACCUCUUCCCCUCCGUCCACUACACUCACUACCCUGCCCUGUCCAAGAUUGUGCAGCAGACGUGCAAGGAGUUCAACUUGCCCUACACUCUGUCGCCGUCGAUGAUGGGUGCCGUGACCAAGCACUACCACCAGCUCAAGAAGAUGGGUGCUGAGAACUAA